AUGCAAACUCCGAGGCAUGUCCGGGCCCUCUUCAAAGAUCCAUGCACUCGCGUUGCUGAUGAAGUAUCAAACGCACUUAAUGAGCUAGCAAAUAGCAUAAGGAAUCGUUGUCAAUGCUCUCCAGAGAUACUCUUUGAUCAUCUACAUGAAGCGCUCACAGGCCUUAACACGGCCUUCAAAGCUCAGCCAAGGCUUUUUAUUGGUCCAGCAACUGAUCAAACAAGCGACAUGCUGCUAGCCAAAGCCGCUGCAGUGGCUGCCAGUGACGCUGAUAAGUACCUGUCAAGCGUAAAAACAGACUCAGCUGCACUGCUGUCCGAAUGGAGAUUAUCUAAAAGAGCUUCCAAUGGAGUCAAGUCGGCUGAUAAGAAAACGCUUAAACCAACACUGAGCAGGAUCACAAUCACUAGUCUCGAGUUCUCAGAAGCGCUUCCCUUUGCUGCUUUUUCUUCUUUGCUAAUAGAGAUUGUGGCAAAGCUGGAGAUUGUCAUUGAAGAAGUUGAAGAAUUGGGCAAAAAAGCUAAAUUUAAGGAGAGUAAUCAAGGGGAUAAUGUGACGGUGACUGUUCAAACACCUCAAACAGAGGAUCAGACGAACACUCCUGAAUAA